GCAAAGACGGUGUACGAGGAGGUGAAGAAAGACAAGAAACACCGGUAUAUCAUAUAUCACAUCAAAGACGAGAGGGUGAUCGACGUGGAGUCGACCGGAGCACGUGAUGCCACAUACUCUGAGUUCUUGGAGAAGCUGCAGAACUACAAGAACGAGUGCAGAUACUGUGUGUUUGACUUCCCGGCUAACAUUCCCGUCGACGCCGGACAGGAGAAGUCGUCGAUGAGUGUGGACCGACUGGUGCUGAUGACUUGGUGUCCCGAGAGCUCGAAGAUCAAGCAGAAGAUGCUCUACUCGUCAUCCUAUGACGCCCUGAAGAAGGCGUUGGUGGGCGUGUAUAAGUACGUGCAGGCCUGCGAUUUCGAGGAGGCCUCCCAAGAGACCAUUGAGGAGGCCUUCCGAAAGGGCAAGAACUGAACACCCAUUUCUUAAUCUCAUCCCUGAGUUAUAACUAAAUUUAUAAUUAUUAUUGUAUUGAAAGUAAUAAGUGAUCCGAUCAAUGACAACAAACUUUAACCGAAUAAUAAAAUUCAAAACAAAUUUCUGUCAAUAUUUUUAAUUUAUUAUAUUAAAUCCAAUGUCUUUUGAAAGGUUUUAAUUAAACUAUGUUUUUGUCAUUAUUUUCAAUGACGCGAACAAAAUAUA